AUGCCUAUCUGUGCUCAUUGUACCAUCUGUUCUGAUUUCUUUGACAAUAAGACUGAUGUUGCAGCUAUUCACUGUGGACAUACUUUCCACCAUUUGUGUCUCAUCCAGUGGUCUGAUACUGCAUCAAGUCGGACCUGUCCUCAGUGCAGAAUCCAGGUUGGGAAAAGACACAUAAUCAAUAUAACAAUCAACAAAUUGUUUUUUGAGAUUGCCCUAGAGGAGCAGUCAGAACUGGAUGCAGAAAGUCUACAGAAUGAACUAGAUAGGGUGAAAGCUCAGCUACCCAUGAAAGAGAAAGAAAAACGAGAUUGUCAAUGUAUUGUAAAUUCAUUGAGAGAGAGACUGGAUCUACGUAAUGCCACUAUAGAAUCACUCCAGAAAACUGUUUCUGACAUGGAAAUGCUGUGUUCUACACUCAAGAAAUAAAUGAGAUAUUUAUAAUAGGAACAAGAAGAAACAAAGAGUGCAAAAGAAGAAAUUAAAAAAUUAUGUAGGAAGGUGAAAUCUAUGGAGAAAAUUGAGACACUGUUACAGUGCCAGCUUUCCGAAGUAGAAGAGAUGAUCCGGGAAAUGGGAGCAGGGCAAGCAGCAGUGGAACAGCUUGCAGUCUAUUGCAUCUCACUGAAAGGAGUGCACUAA